AUCGCAAAAACAGGUAGCCAGCGAACUGCUGCUCUAUCCCCUUCUCCAAUGAUUUCACCAACGCUCUCUACUCUGCUUCUUUUCGCUCUCGGUGCCCGCGGCACCCCGUCAGUCAAGCUCGGGAAAACGACCGUGGUCGGAACGACCCUGCCGACUUACGGACAAGAGCUCUUUGCAGGCAUCCCGUAUGCUGAGCCGCCCGUGGGACAGCUUCGGUUCGCGCCUCCUGUUCUGACGACGUCGUUGAACGGCUCCUCGUUCAAUGCUACUCAAUUCGGGCCGGCGUGUCUCCAGCCGACGGGUACCACAACCCCGCAUAGCUUGCCGGCUGACGGCCUAAUCUCCGAAGAUUGCUUGACCGUGAACGUGAUUCGUCCUACGGGUGUCAAUUCGACCUCGAAUCUCCCUGUGAUGUUCUGGACAUACGGCGGCGGUUUUUUCAAUGGUGCCUCCAUUGUUUAUAACGGCAGUGCCAUCGUUGCUCAGAGUGUGGAAAGAGGCACCCCCGUCAUCUAUGUCAAUUUCAACUACCGACUUGGCCCUCUCGGCUGGCCUCAAGGCCAGGAAGCUAUGGAUAUAGGAGUUGUGAACCUUGGACUCAAAGACCAGCUGGCUGCUCUCGAAUGGGUUCAGAAGAACAUCGCCAAGUUCGGCGGUGACAAGCGCAAGGUCCUUGUCUUUGGAGAGAGCGCUGGGAGCAUGAUGACUUCGAUGCAGUUCUUGAACUCCCGAUUGGAUAAAUAUGCUCGGGCAGCGAUAUUACAAUCUGGCUCGCAGGCAUCACCGGGGUUGUUCGACGCCGCCCGGCGAGAUAAUAUCUGGAGCCUCUUUGUUGGGGCGGUUCCUUCUUGUGCAUCCCUCGCAGGCAGCAACUCGACUUUUUCGUGUCUCCGGCAGAACGCCACCUCAGCGGAACUGCUGAGUGGAUUCCUCGCGACGAUGUCCCAAGCGAACGAUCGCUUCCCCUGGGAUCCAGUUAUCGACGGUCCAGGUGGUCUAAUCCCCGAGCUCCCUUCGCUUAUGCUGGCGAAAGGCGAGUUCUCUAAGCUUCCGUUCAUUGCCGGGACCAACAUGGACGAGGGAACGGUGUUCGCAAACGCGCAGCUCAAUUCCACCGCUGAGAUCAAUGCCACUAUGAUCGCUGGCCGCUCGCCUUCGAUUUCGCCCGCAGAGCUUCAAACUUCAAUCCUCAGGAUUCUCGAACUCUACCCUGACAAUCCUUCGCUGGAAUCGCCAUAUGGGACAGGCAACGAUACCUUCGGUCUUAGCAGUCAGUACAAACGUUACGCAGCGAUCGAUGGCGACAUGGACUUCCACUCUCAACGGCGGCUUUGGAUCAACACGGCGGCCAAUGCGAGUGUGCCCACUUACGGCUACCUGUUUACCCAGCCACAACCGCAGCAGGCUGCUCGACUCGGUGUCAGUCACGGGUCUGAUAUCGACUACAUUCUUGGGAAGCCCACGGAUCAAUCGGCCUCGUCCUUGUUGAUCAGUCGUCUUAUGAUCGACUAUUGGGUGUCUUUUGCGACAAGUCUUACCCCCAACGAUGGGCUUGGGAUCCAGCGUGCGGAAUGGAAACAAUUCACGCCGACCGCGAAGUCUCUCCUCCAACUGAACGGUGACAAUGUGACCAUGAUUCCUGACACGUAUCGCGAGGAGCAAAUCGCUUUUAUCAACUCGAACCCGCAGAUUUGGCGUCAUUGA